AUGGCAUGGCGCAAGCAGUCGGCAGCGGCCCCUCUGGUCGCCGGCCUUCUUCUCUUGGUGUCCGCCCCCACUCCGGUGUUCGCCCACCCUUAUCCUCUCCAAAACGUCGCAAACAACCUCUUCUACAAUUUGGGCAACCAUUUUAUGAAGCGCGAUUGCGUUCAACGUUGUGGAGCCGACUCUCAGUACUGCUGUGGAUCUGGAGAGCAGUGCUACACCGUUAACAACAUCGCUGGCUGCAGCACCGUGAGCGGAGGUGGAGGCUACGGCAUUUACACCACGACAUGGACUGAGACGAACACCUUUACCAGCACAAUAUCGACAAACUGGCCUGCAGUGACAACAGGGGCAGCUGGGGGAGGCACCGGGGCCACCUGUGUUCCUCAGAGUAGUGGAGAGACGGCCUGUGGCAGCAUUUGCUGCGCCGCCAACCAGUACUGUGCCUACUCAGGGCAAUGCGCUCAGCGCGAUGGCUGGGGCGGAGGCGUCACUACAAUUACAUCGGGAGGCCAUACAAUCACCACCCAAUACUCUGCUCCUUACCGCAUCACGAGCACCGGGGCCACCGGCACCGCCGCCUCAGCAACCAGCACCGGCACAGUCGUACCCAUCACCAACGAGGGUACUGGUGGAGGAUUGAGCGGCGGCGCCAUCGCCGGUAUUGUUAUCGGCACGCUUGCAGGUCUCGGUCUUCUCAUGCUUCUCUGCUUCUGUUGUAUCGCCCGCGGCCUGUGGGGUCUCAUCUUUGGCAAGAAGAAGAAGGAGCACAGCCACAGCCGCGAACGAGUCGAGGUGGUUGAGGAGAGAUACUCGCGUCACGGCAGCCGCAUGCCAUCUGCCCACUCUGGUCGCCCCUCGCACGGCGGCUGGUUCGCAGGUGGCGGUCGUCCCGCCCCGGCUGCUCGUCGCAAGGAAGAGAAGAAGGAAGGCGCCAAGUGGUUGGGCCUGGGAGCCGCCGCAGCAACCAUGUUGGCGCUCUUGAAUCUUAAGAAGGACAAGCCGAAGGCCAAGCCUCGGUCAAGCUACACCGACUCGUACUACUCGUACACGGGGACAAGUCCCAGUGAGUCUUCAUGGGAUUCUCGGGAUCGAUCGGAUCUGACGUCCUACCUAGGCAGCUCUAGCUCGGGCGGAAGAACUCACCGCACCGGCCACACACGCGGCACACACACGACGCGCCACUCACGGAGGUAG